GACGUGUUGUUUGGUCCCGUGAUCGAGUGUGUGCGCUUCCUGGUAAAUUCAAAACCUUCUGCCAGUUUUGGUCACCCACAUGGAUCUCUUAGAUCAAGAUAUAGAUACUAGGUAAAAACUGAUGUUGCACGUUUGUGCUAUUUAAAUUAAGCAAAGUUAAUAUUCUGCGUAUUACAAAACAUCAGCCGAUGUGAUGGCCAUGUAAGAUAACAUACGUACUGACUGCUGUGCCACAUCAUGCAGAUCAGUGGUGACAAGGUAAAUGAUUCAGGAGCAUCUGAUGAUACCUCACACAUGCAAGCUGAUGAUAGCUCAGUAAAUACAAUUGAAGAUGCUACAGAACUUCAUGAUACAAGUAACAUUCUUGAUCCUAUGGUUCAGUAUCAGUUAAGAGCAGAGAAUGGACAAGGUGCUGUGACAUAUCGUGUUGUACAAAUUGCACAAGAAUGUGAGUUGAAUGCAGAUGGUGCUGGUCAUGUAGUGACCACAGCACCAGUAAUAACUGGCCAGCAAACAGUUAUAACUAGCUACUCCACAGCCAGUGGUGGAGGUAGCCCGACAGCAGAUGUUCAUACCCAAGACACAAGGUUUACAUACUUUCCUGCUGUUGCAGAUGGGGGUAUAACUACUUCACAGUCUGAAACAGCAGCUUUAGCAGCAUCAAACUCAGGACAGUUUUAUGUAGUGAUGUCUCCCCAAGACGUGUUCCAUCCUGGACAAAGAACUCUAGCUCCAAGAACACAUCAGUUUAGUCCAAAAUUUGAAGUAACAAGAAGAGCUAGAGAUGAGCGCCGUAGAGCAACUCACAAUGAAGUGGAGAGGAGGAGAAGAGACAAAAUUAAUAAUUGGAUAGUGAAAUUAUCCAAAGUUGUGCCUGAUUGUUCAUCUGAUCAUACUAAACAAGGGCAGCAGAGUAAAGGGGGAAUUCUGGCUAAAGCAUAUGACUACAUUCAAGAGCUGAGAAAUGCCAAUGUCAAAUUGCCUGAAAUUUUAAAAGACAAUGAGAAACUCUUACUGGAUGCGGGGUUGUUGAGGCGGCAGUGUGAGGAGCUCAAGAAUGAGAAUCAGAUGUUUAAAGCACAUCUUCAACAACAGGGAAUUAGCAUUGUUGAUAAGAUAGAUACAAACACUGCUUAACAGGUAUUAUUGAGGAGCUCUGCUAUGUAUAUCAUUGGUGAUUUUGUUUCAUAUAAUAAAAUUUAUUUUAAGAAGGUUGGCAUAAAAAUACCAAACUUUAGUCAACAGUCUCCUUAGAUGUUUCUUUAAUAUUUAAUUUAGUAUUUUAUUUUAGGUUAUGUCAAGAGUUAUGAAAAAAUCAGUUUUUUAAAAAGGUAUUUGACAGUUUGAGUAUGUAUGUUAUUAGCUAUCUACUUUGAUUUUAGAAUAAGUAAGAAAUUAUCAUCUUCUCACCUAUUUAGAACAUCACUGUCAUCUCCCACUUAGAACAUCAAUGUCAUCAUCUCCCACAUUUUCAUACUGUACAGUAAGAUAUCACUUUAAUAUUUGUAAAGCCUUUUUAUAAACUGGAAUAAAAAUGCUUCCUUUAUUGGUAGAUUCCCUUAUUUAGUCACUUGCUUGGGGUGUGUGCCAGUUGUUGAUCAAAGAAGUUAAUCUAAACUUUCUUUCGUUGCCACGUUUUAUCCAUUUAUCCAGCUUACAUAAGACAGAGUACUAUUUGUAAAUACUUAGAAAUUUGUUUGAAAAUAAAGAUAGAAAUAUUUAUACAUGAAUUAUGUGAUUUGUCUUUGUAUUUAAUGAAAAUGUUUGGGAUAGUUGUUAUUUAAAUGGCUGUAUGUAAAUUAAAGGAACAAAGAAAGUAUCUUUGGCCCUAAUGUAGAAACCUGUGGAUAUAUUAUUACUGUGUACUGAGGAUGUAGGUCUCAAGUAAAGUUCUGUAUAGUAGUUGGAGGAAAUGCUUUACAACUUUAUGAAAUACAGGGAAAUUUAUAUGUAUAUUAUAUAUUAAAAUUUUGAUAUGAAUAACUGUCAUCUAAUAUAAAACAUUCAUUAUUUCUGGUUUAUUUUGAGAAAUUUUCAAUUGAUAAUUCUUUGCCUUUUUGUGAUUUGUAUUGGAAUAUUUCAAACUUGAUUAUCUGCUGUUUGUCUGUCAAAACUGUUUCCGUAACAUAAACUUUCACUUGCUUGCAGUUAAAGUGAUUGAAAUAAAUAAAAUAGUUUAUACCAUUG